AUGGAGGGGUUUAGUGGCCUGUCUGUGUCCAGUGGCCCAGAGGCAGCGGAGGGCCAGGACGCCCUUGUGGCUCUAGUGGAGCUGCUCAAUUCUGGAGUGGUGUUGCCUGGCGUGCUCAGUGAGUGGGCUGUGAUGAAGGCGGUGACCAAGGGCGGUGGCAAGCCAGCGCUGUGGAGCAAGCCCAAGGUGCUGUUCAAACAACUGCUGACCUUCUUGGGUCAUGGCUACGACGACAGUGAGUUUGCCCCUGUUGUGGCCUAUGCCCUGGCUGGCGUGGCUAUGAAGUGGAUGAGUGUGCAGCUGGCUGCCACUAUGCGUAGUGCUGUGGCCCUGCUCAGUGGGCUUGAGCGGUGGUAUGGCCUGCCGACUGUGGAGGCCCUUGAGAAAGGGGAGUGUGCCAGUGAUUUUUGGCUGUGCAUUGGCAAGGAGGUGGCGCGCCUUCGUAGUAAGGCCAACUCCCUCGUCGACCUGAAUGAGCUCUGGCACAGCAGCCUGCGCCAGGACCUCCACAACUACAUAGACCUCUUUCCACUGGUCAAGUACAAGGUGCUCUGCAACCAGCUCAACCACUACAAGUCCAACAAGAUCACACAACAGGCUGCAGCCGUUGUGGCAGCCGUGCCCAUGGGUCCGUCAUUGGCCAAGCAGCUUGCCACACUCACAGAGGCUGUGGUGUGA